CCUUGGUAACGGCAGUAUGGUGCGGCAAUCCGUCGACUUGUGUGGAUUUGUGUUAUUGGAUUUGUUGUGAAUUAAAAGAAUAUCCUUGAAAGUUUUUACGGUUUUGCGUAGCGUGUGUUUUAUUAGACGUCAGUGGCGUCAUCGUACGUUAGUUCUAGUAAAAUGGAGAGAGAAAAUGAGAGAGAGUUGGCCGCUGCGGCUUUCAAGGCUUUCCUGAUGAGAAACAGCACUAAAACAAACCGAAAUCUGUAUGAUCAUCUCGUUGGAUUGUUGACCAAAGUUAUGGAUGAGCGUCCAGAGAAUGCAGUUGAUGUGAUAGAAGACAUGAGUCUUGAUCUUAAAAGAAUGGCCCUUCAGGAAAAGCAGGACACGUUGCGUGACACUCCGACUUCAUCCACAGCUCUGCUAUUGGCUGAGCAGCAGAAAUCUCUGUUUUCUCGUGGAGGUGUUGAUGAUGGUGAUCAUGAGGAUGAGUUGGCGGAGUCACCUCUACAGGAUGUUGCAGAACUUGCCUUCUUUUUUGAGCAAGCUGGUGUUGGACUGGGAAGAGAAGAGACACAGAGAAUCUUUCUGGCCUUGAAACAGCUGGUGGAUACCCACCGUGUCCAGCGCUGUCGAUUCUGGGGCAAGAUGCUGGGCUUGGAAAGCAACUACUUUGUGGCUGAGGUUGAAUUCAGAGAGGGCGAAGGGGAGGAAGAGGAGGGAAUAGAAGAAACGCCUGAGGCUGAGGAGAAAGAGGAAGAGGCACGCGAGGCCCUGAAUGAAACUGAGAUUAUAGAUGCUGCUGAUCCACCCCCAAAAUCCACGUACAAGCCACCACCAGCAGUACCGAGAGAAGAAAAUCGCACAGGGGUAAACAAAUUCACAUAUUUCGUGUGCAAAGAGCCUGGAUUGCCUUGGGUCAGACUACCUUUAGUCAGCCCGGCUCAGAUCACAGCAGCACGACAGAUCCGCAAGUUCUUCACAGGCAGACUCGAUGCUCCUGUUGUGAGUUAUCCACCCUUUCCCGGCAACGAAGCCAACUACCUGCGCGCCCAAAUCGCACGGAUUUCAGCCGGCACCCACGUCAGUCCUCUGGGAUUCUACCAGCUUGAAGAGAAUGAAGGUGAGGAUGAGGGACCGCAAGACACCAUUGAGGAGAAUCCUGAAUUUGAGGGCAUCCAUGUGAAUGAGAUGACUGAGCCAUUGAAUUUAUGGGUCCAUCAUGUACAGCAUAUACUUCCACAGGGCCGCUGUGUGUGGGUAAACCUAACUAAGAAAUCUAAGGAUGACUUGGAUGAAGAUGCUGAGGAGGAAGAACAGGAGGAGGAACCUGAUGAGCCCGAGCCUGAAGUUGGGCCUCCUCUUUUAACGCCUCUUUCUGAAGAUGCAAUGAUUAAUGACACUCCACCUUGGAGCAUUAGGAUGUCCUCCAACCUCAUUCCUCAGUUUGCCAUUGCUGUGCUACGCUCGAACCGCUGGCCAGGAGCUCAUGCCUUUGCUUAUGGAAAGAAAUUUGGAAACAUAUACAUCGGUUGGGGGUCAAAAUAUCUUGGGAAAGCCUACACUCCACCCAAGCCUCCACAACCUCAGAGUGAGUAUCCCACUGGACCUGAAAUAACCGAAGCAAUGGACCCCACCGUGGAGGAAGAGCAGGCUUUGAAAGAGGCCUUGGAGGAGGAGACGGCUGCCCUGGAGGAGACCGAGGAACUGGAAGACGAUGAGGAAGAUGAGGAUUAAUAUGAUAGUAUUCAGGCAUGUAAUUGGCCAAGGACAUAAUAAUUUAAGACAUUUUUAAACCAUCAUGAAUGAAAUUUAACAAUGAAGUUCAAUUUUAUAA